AUGUCAGUAUUUCCAUGGUUUGGUACGGCCGACAUGCUAUUAACAACAACAACGACAAACAGAAAAUAUUCAGAAAAUAAUAUUACAACUUUAAAUUUGGAUUUUGCAAAUAUAUGCGCUGAACAGUUAAAAUUCAUAUUUGGAUCUCAAUUUUACAACGGAAAUAACGUCACAUUUUCACAUCCUUCAUUUAUUAGACCAACACUACCUGUUUGUAUUCCAUCAGUUCCAUCGUCCACUAAUGAUGAUUCCAAUAAUCAAUCAUCAACAUCAUCUCCAAAAAUUUCUGAAUCUUUACCAUCAAAAACAAUAGUCGUACAUGAUGAAGAAGAACAAGGUGAAUUACUUGAUGAUAGCGGUAGUACAACUGAUGCCUAUAAAUGUCGUGAAUGUGAUAAAUAUUUUUCCACUGCUCAUGGUCUUGAAGUUCAUGCACGACGAACACACAUUGGUUUACGACCAUAUUCAUGUGAUUUAUGUCAAAAAACAUUUGGUCAUUCGAUAUCAUUAAAACAACAUCGUCUUACACAUUCACAAGAACGAUGUUUUCAAUGUAAAACAUGUUUCAAAUGUUUCAAACGUUCUUCAACAUUAUCUACACAUUUACUUAUUCAUUCUGAUACACGACCGUAUUCAUGUACUUAUUGUGGAAAACGAUUUCAUCAAAAAUCUGAUAUGAAAAAACAUACGUAUAUUCAUACAGGUGAAAAGCCACAUAAGUGUAUUGUAUGUGGUAAAUCAUUUUCUCAAUCGUCAAACUUGAUUACUCAUAGUCGCAAACAUACCGGCUUUAAACCGUUUCAAUGUCAUAAAUGCGGUAGAGCAUUUCAACGAAAAGUCGAUUUAAGACGUCAUAUUGAUACACAACAUGGUCCUGAACAUAUCAGUGGAAAUAUAGCAUUAGCAUCGGCAACAACAACCAGUUUAAAAAUGUAUGUACCACGUCAUUCAAUAUUAUCGAAUCAACAACAACAAAAUGAUUCAACGACAAACAGUAGUAGUGAUCAUUCAUCCGCUGGUGACUGUUCAAUAUCUAGUCAAAAACAACGUAUUUUAGAUCCUGUCGGAAUUAUUAUUCAAGAACUCGCUAAUAGACCGUAG